UUAUUUUUUUAUAAUUCAGAUGGACCAUUGACUUCAAAGAGUACAUAAAAAGAAGAAACGAGUAGUGGGACGCUAGCAGAAGACUACUUAAGAAGGCCGCGGCAUUAAUCUGCACGGAGAAGGGAGGCCUCCUCCGGCUCACGCAAAAUGGAGGCAGAAUUAGAACAGAGGAGAGAGUUGGAGGAAGAGGCAGCGGAAGGCGGCGGCGGUGGAGAGUUUGAUUUGCAACGAAGGCAGCCUCGGCAGCAUAACAAUGGCUCUACCACUACAGUUACCAUUAAUGUCAUGGGUACCAGUACUGCAAGUUUAUCCUCCUCCUCCGCAGAGUACAGUCUUGAAGCUGACUUGAUCUCUCAGCUUGCUGAAGAAGGUGAAUUCUCGUAUGAAUCUUUCGCAUUAACAAGUGGAGAGGUUAAUGUUAAUGAUUCCAUUAAUAAAUCUACUACUCCUGGAACUGGAACUGUUAUGGUGGAUAUCGCAACAGAAAGUUUCGGCAUUGAAACUAUUGACGAGCUAUUCAAGCCGACUGAUCCUCCACCUUCCAAUAAGAACUCAUCAAUUCAGGAGCAAAUUGCAGCUGAGACUUCUAUCGAUAUUGGAACAAUUGAACAGGAAGGGAGGGUUGGCAUUGAUAUCAGAGAGGAGAUUGAGGAGCAGAAAGAGACCAGAGAUUAUUUGUAUCUUGAAACGGUAUACAAGAAGCCGGCUACAUCUGAUUUCUACUGCCCCAACUGUCAGGCUUGCAUCGACAAGGUUCUUAUACGCAGUAGAUUAGAGGAGGAAGAAAUUAGGUGCCCAUCCUGCUUCGAAUUUCUAAAACCUCUAGCACAAUCCUGGCUUCCCAAGUGGCGAGGAACGCAACAGACACCGCAUCCCCAGAAGCCUCAUGUUCCGAUCGAUACCAUUAUACAAGGAAAUGAAGAGCCCACUGAUCAAUUGAAACCAGGUGAUACUUCUCAUCGAACACCAUCAUCGACAUCGAAAGCACGGACUCCCACUGCUGUAAAAGGGGAAAUCCCAGAAGGAAAUAAAGAGCCCACUUAUCAAUCCAAACCAGGUGAUACUUUUCAUGGAACAUCAUCAUCGACAUUGGAAGCACGGUCUCCCACUGCUGAAACAGGGGAAAUCCUAGAAGGAAAUAAAGAGCCCACUAAUCAAUUGAAACCAGGUGAUACCCUUCGCCCACCAUUACCAUUACCAGCACAAAGUACUCCCGAACAAGAUGGCACUAUAAAGUUGGAAAUCGUAAAAAGUUUGGUCUAUGGUGGUUUAACUGAAUCAAUCACAAGCUUAUCUGUUGUGACAUCUGCAGCCAGUGCUGCUGCUUCCACAUUGAGCAUUCUAGUCUUGGCAUUGGCAAACCUGAUUGGUGGACUUUUCAUCAUUGGUCAUAAUCUUAGGGAUUUGAAGAACGAACAAUCCAGAGUGACCUUGAAUGAAGCAGAGGAACGAGUGGAUCGGUACCUACAACUACUGGGGCAGAAAAAGAACUUCAUAAUUCAUGCCUCAGUUGCAGUAAUAUCAUUCCUUGUUUUUGGCUUGGUGCCUCCAGUGGUCUAUGGCUUCUCAUUUUAUAAGAGUGACAAUAGCUACCUUAAGCUCGCAGUAGUUGCGGCAGCUUCUCUUAUAUGCAUCACAAUACUUGCCAUUGCCAAGGCUUACAUCAAAAGGCCAACCAGGUGGUACAUGUAUUUGAGAACUGUAACGUACUACGUUUCGCUUGGGGUCGGGGCCUCUGGCAUUUCUUACUUGGCAGGUUACCUGUUCAAGUUACUCGCCGAUAAGCUAGGUUGGUUCGAGUCAAGUGCAGCUGUCACUCUGUCCCUUCCAGGGAUGAGUUCAGUGCCAUCUGCACAGGUAUCAUCCUAUUAAUAUCAUGGCAUCCAAACAUGACUUUUGUAGAUGCUUGUAGUGCCAAUCCAAGCACAUUGUCGAUGGCAGAGAUCUAAUUAUUAUCAUUAUUAGUCCGUUUUAAGUCCCACUCCUAUUCUAUUCUAUCUGUAUGAUGCGAAUCCUGAGUCAGAACUGCAUCGUAUUGAUGUCAUUGGACAAGAAGGUUUUGAAUAAUAUUAGCUUCAUUGCUGCUUCCAAUUCC